AUGAAUUCUGUCGCUGAAAAUGCUCCAGAAGACAGCUCUGUUUUCCACGACCCUCCGGAGACAAACAUCCACGCAGUUUUGCCAGAACCCGGCUACCGAAUCCACACCCUGUACAAGCUCAUGGCGGAGAUGCUGGUGAUGGCCGAAAUGCAAAAUGUAUACAAAGAAACGACCGGUCGGACUGUCUCUGACCGUUGCCACAUCCUUCUGACCCGAAGAAACCUCGGGCCGUUCACCCAGGGUAUCUAUGAGCGGUUUCUCACCUUCCCCGACACCCAGUCUCCAGUGAAACCGGUUCAGAACUGGCUCAUCCAGUCGUUUCGAGACCUGAACGAUGCUCGCAAGACCCUUCUUCGGCUCAGUUGCGAGGCUGUCGAGCCCGUAAUUACCUCUGUUGACGAGAUGAAGUCGUUCAUCAAGUUUCAAUUUGCCGGAGCUGUCUCGGAGUAUAUCCUGAUCGGCCUGCCUGAAGAAAACAUCAACUAUCCGGCAGAUUACGACCUACUGCGACGCUCUCUGGACCGAAUCUACAAAACCUUGCCCAUUCUAAAUGUCAUGGCCAAGUUCAGACUAUCCAUCGUUGACCGAAUUGUGCUCUAUUUUGGAGCCCAGAACUUGCAGAGUCUGAACCAGGCGCAGUUCUGGGACCAAUUUGAAACCGUCGAGAAGCUCCUCGAGUUCAUUGACGAGUCGCCCGAGCCCCUGGCCCAGCCUCGAGACCAUCCGGGAGCCUCCGACGUUCACCGAUGUCUCCUUACCACCUUGAUCAAGUGUCUGACUCCCCGGUUCAAGAAGAAGUACAACCUGGAGAAGCGUUCCCUCGAUGUUUUCGAGCUGAUGAACAUCCUGCGGGGUCUCUACAUCCACGAAGCUCACACAAAGUCCUCACGGAAGGUGAUCAAGCCCACGCAGUCUGUAGCUACUAACUUGUCGGAUCUUGGAGUUGGGAGACACGGAGUCAAGCAGCAAGUGUCCACCGCAAAGCGGCGACGAUCUCUGGAGGAUGAGGAGAAGGAGGAGGAGAAGAAGAAGAAAAAGAAGGAAGAAGAAGAAGAGGAGCAGAAGAAGAAAAUUAAGGAAGAAGAUUAUCUCGAGGAAAAUCGACCGUCUCUUGAUGAGGUCUACCACAAUGAGGAUAUGUUGGAAGGGAAGAAGCCGAGUGUCCAGUCUAGUUCUCGAAAAUCGGAAGACAGUGAUGGAAGCAUGGCAUUUUUCGACAAAGGCAAGGUUCCUGAACGGGCUCCUAAGCAGAGUCUUGAACAGACUGGUUCGUCUAACACCACUAUCGAACAAAUCAAAAAUGCCAAACAAGCCGUGACGGACAUCAUCAAGAACAAUCCCCAUUGGUGUCCCCUUUGCGUCUCAAUUGGUCACAACCGCGACAUGAAGCUGUACACUCACGCCUUUGAAGAUUGUCCUCUCAACGAGAUGCUGGCAAUCACCAAAACCGAGUCCGCCAAUCCUACCGAGUGCCUGACCGGUCGUCUGCUCCAAAAGCUCCGCGAGUUCCGCCGGCUCGAGGCCAACUCAUACCGUCCUGUCUACACCAAUGGAGUCCAGUCAAUCAAGGAAGGAAGUAAUCAUUACAACAGUGGCAUCGGUGUUUGGUUUGACGACCAGGACCCCGGGAAUGAGGGAAUGCCCUGCCACGCCGAAAGCCCCCUCGAGACCAAGCUCAUGGCCAUUGUAAUGGCCCUUCGAAAGCUGCAGCAUCGACCUCGCCUUAACUACGAGAUCUUCAACGACAGUGUGACCGCCUGCGAUCUCGCCAACGGCUACGGUCUUCCUAGUCACUUUGACUCCCCUCCGCGGGAGGUGCAGAGGCUGGUCGACGAGGCCAUGUUUCUCAAGGACCGUCUCCUGCCUAAAAAGAUCCGAAUCACCUACGCCAAUCGCCAUUCGCCAGCCAAAGGUAGCCAUAUCGCCGACGAUCUGGCCCACGAGGCUAGGUUGAAGAUGAAGACCCGGAUACUUCGUCACAAGCAGUUUUUCUGGCCCUGGCGAUGA